AUGCAGCAGUUGUGGCUACUACCAAUUGAGUGGGAUGAUCCAGUUCCCAAAAAUAUUCGUGUCAACUGGGAAAAGUAUCACAACGAAUUGCCGAAAAUUACCGCGCACAGAGUAAGUCGCUACGCAUUUCUACCCUGUUCCACCAUGCAAUUGCAUACCUUCGCCGACGCGUCCGAACUAGCCUACGGCGCGUGCACCUACGCCCGUUGCCAAGACGAACAAGGAAACGUAAAAAUCGAACUUCUUGCCGCCAAGUCCCGUGUUGCUCCGCUAAAACGACUGAUUAUCGCACGUCUGGAACUCUGCGCUGCAGUUUUGGCCGCUCAUCUCCACGAUCGAGUCAAACGAGCUCUCGAUAUUGACGUUUCUGCUUCCAUUUUCUGGUCGGAUUCUGCUAUCGUUCUCCAAUGGCUCCAAUCAUCUCCAAACACAUGGCAAACCUUUGUGGGAAAUAGAGUUUCGGAAGUGCAGCACUUCACUCGUGGCUAUCAGUGGAAGCACGUUGCUGGUAUCGAGAAUCCCGCCGAUUUGGUGUCCCGGGGUAUGUCGGUCGACGAGUUCCUGGCUAGCACGUUAUGGAAGGAAGGACCGCAUUGGCUUCUUCUGCCGGAUCGAGAAUGGACCAGCUCUAACCCGCCAAGUGUGGCCGAGGAAAUUCUAGAAGUUCGACACAUCGUAGCUACCGUACAGUCAGUUUCAUCAGUCAAUGCAUUGUUUCUCCGUUGGUCGUCAUACACCCGCCUACUACACGUUACAGGCUACUGCCUUCGCUUUCUGUUGAACGCCCACGCCAAGGCCAGAACUCAGCCUCCCCCCAACGCAGAACCUGUUGCGAAAUCACUGUCUGUGGAAAUACUUACCAAAGCCAAACUUACCCUGAUUCGCCUUGCUCAACAAGAUGCAUUUAGUCCUGAAAUAAAAGAGUUGGAAAGGGGGAAACCUAUAUCAAAACGCUCACAUGUACGCCAAAUGAGUCCGUUUCUAGACCAGGAGAAAGUGAUGAGGGUCGGAGGCCGUCUUAAACUAGCACAGUUACCCUACCAAAUGAAACAUCCCGCCCUACUACCCAGCUUUCAUCCCCUAUCACGUUUAAUUGCCAUGAACUAUCAUGAAAAAAUGCUUCACGCCGGUGGGCGACUGCUAUUAUCAGCCAUGCGCGAAGAGUUUUGGCCACUGCACGGUCGUCGCCUAGCACGUAGCACUGUGCGUAAAUGCUUCCGCUGCGCUCGCCUUAAUCCAGUGCCUGCUCAUCAACACAUCGGGCAGCUACCCGUUCACCGAAUUAUCCCCAGCCGUCCAUUCAGUAUCGUUGGAGUCGAUUACGCUGGCCCGCUGUACCUUAAGCCGAUCCACAAACGCGCAGCAUCUGCAAAGGCGUACAUCUGUUUGUUCGUCUGUUUCGCCACCAAAGCCGUCCACAUUGAGCUCGUCAGCGAUCUGUCCACUCAGGCUUUCCUAUGUGCGCUUCGUCGUUUUAUCGCCAGACGUGGUCGCCCAGCACGCAUCCACUCAGACAAUGGCAAAAACUUUGAAGGAGCUAAAAAUGAAUUACCGGAAUUAUUUGCCAUGCUUCAAAACUCGGAAGUAAACGAACAGAUCGCAUCUACCUGUGCUGACGAAGGAAUCACUAGGCACUUAGUUCCGCCAAAAGCGCCCCAUUUCGGCGGGCUAUGGGAAGCUGCCGUUAAAGUAGCUAAAAAGCAUCUCCACCGCCAGCUCGGUCCGUCUCGACUGUCAUUUGAGGAUGUCAGCACUGUGUUCACUCAGAUCGAAGCACUGAUGAACUCCCGGCCGCUGCUUCCUAUGUUGGACGAUCCCGAUGAAUUAGCUGCACUAACACCUGCGCAUUUUCUGAUCGGAACCAGUAUGCUAGCCUUGCCCGACCCAGACCAUCGGAACAUCCCUGUCAACCGACUGGAUCACUACCAGAAACUGCAACUGCACGUCCAAAAAUUUUAG